AUGACGCCACCUGUGCGCUCAGCGAACCCCCCAGGCGAGGCGCCAUCUUCAGACCAACCCUCACUGCUUGCACCCUCGCGCGGUAGAGAUGGCCGCUCUCUGCCUUCGGCGGCCACCAGUACCAUGGCCGGCUCCCGUAACAUUGCCUCGUACGCCACCGCGAUGACCGGAGCCCCCGGCAGCUUCAACUCCCAGCUAAAGACGACCCAUACGCACGAUGGCCGCCUUCGACCCGACUUCGAUACACAUGCCAUCAUCGUUGGCAAUGACAGCACCACCACUUCUGAGCAGAGGCAGGCAGAGCUGCAGGACCAGAUAGACAAGGAGACCAAGAUAAAAGUGGGCUCGGAGAAUCUGCUCGAGGCACUCAACGUGAAGAAUGCGAAGAAGGAUCAACGGAUGGAAGUAGAGCGUCAGCUGAAUAUCUCCAACCACAAGCUUGCGCAGUUGAAAUCUGUCUUAGCGGCUGAGAUCCAGAAGGCGAAGGAAAUCACGUCUCCACCGGCCGAUCCGCAGAGCAGGCUCUCCUUUCUCUUUCGCCGAAACCUGUCACGGUCGCCUUCCCGGCACGUGGCUCAGAAACUGAAUGAGCAAGAGGAGGAGACCGAGUCGCCCACGUUCCUUCUGGCCGAGAUAUUGCAGGCGCUGGAACUCAACGGGCUCCAACCUGAAUAUUACGUUAGCAAGGCCAAUUUGCUCGUGGACUUGUUCAAACGCCAUCCGACAUUGAAGUACGAUCUUGCGUGGUCCAUCUUUGGCCUUAGGAUGCAGACUCUGCUGCUCAGUGACAACCGAGAGGUCGUCGCCGCUGCAUACCGCGUCAUGAGGCACGCUAUUACGGACCGCAGGUCAUUGCAAAUUAUUCGUGGCCUCCAUACGGACUACCUGGUCAUUCUUUCCCUUGUCAAGGAGACGAAAGCCAGUGUCGAGCGAGAGCAGGCACUGAAGUUCGUUAGAGCGUUCUUAGAUGUCAAGAACGGUGUUGAGGAGAUCUCCAGAAGCGUCGUUCGCAUCAUUGUUGCAGUGGCCGAGCACACGGAUGAUCGUUUGCGAAACAUUGCGCUGCUCACCUUGGCCGAGAUCCUUGCUCGGAAACCGGCAUUGAUCGUUUCCGCCGGAGGUAUGGGGCCUUUAACAGAUGCUCUUGGUGAAGGGCAUUACUUGGCAGCAAAGAGCAUUAGCGGAUCAUUCCUUUACUUACUCGAUACACCUCGGAGGAGAACGUACUUGAAGUCAGGUCACGAACUGGAAGCACCUUUUGCCACCUUUACCGAUGUGGGAGCAGGCCAUGGACAUUCCCAUGAGGAGAAGAGACUCAAGCAAAGCGCGGAAGCGAUUGCAAGUUUGCUGAGAAGCUGGCCCGGCCUUUUGACCCUCUGUAUGAAUGAUUUCUUAGCGAUUCGAUCCCUGAUUCUGUCGCUGCAGGUUCCGGCUGCGCAUGUGCGCACCAUCGUGCUGGAGCUUUUGUCUGAUAUCCUCAUGAUCAAAGCCCCCUCUUGGUCGUCUUCAUUCCUGGCCGGUCGCCGACUGACUACUUAUGGGCGCGUUACAAAUCUUAAGGACCAGCCGAAUAAAGGGGAAUCCGAUGCUGGAGGCCAAACUGAAACAAACAAGUGGAACCUCUUGGAGCAUUACGUAGCCAUUGUAUUGGCUGUAUUCCUCCACGCUGGUUUAGUGCCUGCAUUGCUGCUCGCCGAGCAAGAACCUCUUACGCUUGCAUUGAAGAGAAAGACGACAUUGCUACUUGGAGAAGUAUUGAAGAUGGCCAGUGAGCUUUUGCCUUCUUCAUGGAGUGCGUCACUACAGGUACUGCCUGAGCUAUUGCAGUCGGCAGCCAACUGGGGAAGCGAAGAUCGCUUCAACGCCAUCGGGACAAUAUAUCAAGUGGACAGUGUGAACAGAACACUUUACAGAUCUGGACCCACCUCGAUUCACACCGGAAAAGCUGGUAUAACAGACGAUAGUAACAACGCGGCUCGGCAACCAGACAACAAGACUCAGGCAGCCAUGCAAAUGGACGAAGGACAGUUCCGCAAUCUGAUGCUCGAGACCCAGGUUUUGAACACUGUCAACUUCACCAAGUGGAGGUGGGACCUCAUUCAGAACAUUAUCGAGGGCCCCCUGCUGAAUGCCAAACGGCUGGACGAAGCAAUAAAGGUCACAAAGUUCGUCCAUCGUUUGCUAGGAUUCUACAGGCCGUUCAAAUGGCGCUUUUCGGCCACCAAGAAUACCAAACCGAACCAGCGUUAUGUGCGGGCCGGAAAGGCUCUCAUACACAGCCUUCUCCAAAACCCGGAAGGUGUCCGCUAUCUCAGCGAAAGCAAGUUCAUCCGCCAAGUUGCGGAAUGCCUCUCCCAUUUUGACAGGAUGAGCGGCCUUACGUCCGAGUCCCCGAUAUUCUCGGUGGACCGUUUGAACGACACAUUGUCUGGCGGCUAUUUUGCACUACUGGGUGAACUCACAAAAGAUCCCAGAGGGAUUCCCAUUCUGGAACGAUGGCGGGUCCUUAACAUGUAUUAUCAUAUUGUUGAUCUCACCGACCGGGACGAUUUGAUACGGCUAGUCCUCAGCUACAUGGACUACACGCUGGAUGGACACCCACGUAUUAUUCUUUCGAAGGCUAUGACUGCGGGCUCCAAAGAGAUCCGUAUCUUCUCGACACGGCUGCUGCGGAAGUAUGCAACGCGACCAAUGCAGGGAUCGGAAUCCACUGGCGGCGUUGCUGAAUGGGCGAUCAAGCUACUCGUCACUCAGAUAUACGACCCUGAAGUCGAGGUUUGCGAGGUGGCCAUCAAGAUCCUUGAGGAGGCCUGCAAUCAGACAGAGUCACUGGAAUACGUCGUCAAAUGCCGACCAGCGUUGGAUCAUCUCGGCGAGAUUGGUGCUCCGCUGCUUCUCCGCUUCUUGUCGACGUCUGUUGGCUAUCACUAUUUGAAUGAGUUGGAUUACAUUACACGAGAAAUGGACGACUGGUUCCUGGGACGAAAUGAUACCUACGUCACCCUCAUUGAAGCUUCAUUAGCUCGAGCCUUUGCCGAGCUUACCGAGAAGCCGCAGCAGCCGCAGCCGCACGAAGACGUCCCCGAACAUGUUGAGUACGGUAUUGUACCGCCUCACUUCUACCGUGAACUCACCAGGACCAAGGAAGGUUGCAAGCUCCUUGAACAGAAAGGCCACUUUGACGAGUUUGCUGCGACAAUUCGCGACUUUGCCCUGGAGGAUGACGACGCGGAAACAAUCCUGAAAGUCAAGGGUUGCUUGUGGGCAGUGGGGAACGUCGGGUCGAUGGAGCUCGGUGCUCCUUUUCUCGAGAAAUCGGACAUCGUCAAGUGGAUUGUCAAGAUUGCGGAGACCUCUGAAGUCAUGUCGCUGCGGGGAACAGCGUGCUACGUGCUGGGGUUGAUCUCGCGAAGUCUGCAUGGCCAGGAGAUCUUGCUUGAGUAUGGCUGGGACGGCGUGGUGAACGAUUAUGGCGAGUCGUUGGGCUUCUGUCUACCGACGGACUUCAAGAGGCUUUUCUCAAUUACGCCAUGGGCUGCUAAGCCUGAAGAUAUGAGGGGCAAGGUGCCCUCAGAAGCCAAGGUAGCAGUUACGGAUCCUGACCCGCUCAACGCCCGCAUCCUGAGGCUUGUCACGGACCUGGGCAACACAGUGCUGACCAAGAAGGCAGCGAGCGAUCUUCAAGCUAUCAAAACCAGGAAAGCACCAGGGUUCACUAAACCGGCCAUGUUCCACAAGGUCAUGCAGAUUCUGGAUGCGCAUCAUUUCCGCCUCCCAGCAUGCCGGUUCGUGCUGGAUCUGUUUGACAGAGGUGUGCUGCGCCAGAUUGUGCUGGAAGAAGAAGAGGAAGAUGAAGGUGAGGAAGAAGGGGAGGAAGAAGGGGAGGGGGAGGAAGAGGAGACUAGCAGCGAGGAAGAUGAUAGCGAAGAGAGCGAUGACUCCGAAUCCCAACGGGGUGUUCGACGCGCCAGCACCAAUGGCGAGGACUAG